AUGGAAGGUGACGGGGGAAGGAGAGCAGGGGAAGGGGAAGCCCGAAAGCGUCCCUCUGGGGAUGUCAUUCCUUUCUCGCCCUCUCAGCGGCGAAGGGACUCAUCGAGCGCGACGGGAAGCGUUGGGAUCCCAGGAGAUAAAUGCGACGGGACGCUUCUGCCGACCUUGUUCGAGGCGAGCAUGGCCCAUUCCAAGGACUACAACGGACCUCAUAGCCACCCGCUGGAUGGGUCGAAGGACAUCUUCCUCUACGUCGCCGUGGUGAUGGUCUUCUACGUGCUGAUCGUGCUUAUCAUCUUGGGAGCGCGGUACCACCAGAAGCGAUACGAAGCCCCGCCGGAGGAGCCGCAGCACCUGGUCCUCUACGACGACCUCACGAACACGACGGUGCAGGCGGACUCGCGGCUGUCGGAGGAGGUCGCGCCGUCGCCGUCGUGUAGCGUGUAGGGGGGUGCCUGAGUUUCUGUCGGGUAAAUUCUGAGGAGGGUCUUCGAAGUCGGUGUGGGCAUUCCUGUGUCAAGUUUCUUUUCGUGUAUGUCGAAAUAUAUUUCUGUGGAAAUGCUUGUCUCUUCUAUUCUGUUUGGCUUUUAUUCCGCA